AUGGCUAUGGGGAAAGCAAAGAUGUCAACACCUCUCAUCUUCCAUUCAAAACUUCUCUGUAUCUCUCUGUUAUACCUCAUCACCACUAUCUUUCUAGCUCUCUACACCUCCCUCUCUCCAAUCAAAUGUCUCUUCAAAUCCUCUCCUUUCGAUCCAAUUCAGACUCCUUUCUUCUCUUACCCUUCUUCUUAUGGCGAACACAAGCACGUCAUUCCCACACAUCGCUCUUCUUGCUCCUCCCCUAUCUAUUUCUCUGAUUAUUGGAUGGUCUUGAAGGAGAUCCUACUUUUGUGUCAGACUUCAUCAGUCUCUUCUUCUCAUCCAUUGAGAUACAUGGAAGGAAAUAGUACGAAUUUUGGUGGGAAUUUCAGUACCCAGAAGAGGAUUUCCUAUUUUGAUCUUUUGAAUGAUAGUGUGGAGGUUCCUUGUGGGUUCUUUAAGAAGUUUCCAAUCAGUGAUUCUGAUAGAAUGGCGAUGAAGAGUUGUCAUGGAGUUGUUGUAGUCUCAGCAAUCUUCAAUGACUAUGACAAAAUAAGGCAACCGAAAAGCCUUGGAUCCAAAACUCUAGAUACUGUGUGUUUCUUCAUGUUUGUGGAUGAUAUUACCCUAAAAGGACUAGACCAUCAACAAGUCAUGUCAAGAAACUCCAACGAAUACAAUGUAGGUGUAUGGAGAAUUGUUAAGGUCUCAAGCAAGGAUUUGUAUGCUAAUCCAGCUAUGAAUGGGGUGGUACCCAAAUAUUUAGUUCAUAGACUUUUUCCUAACUCAAAAUUUAGCAUUUGGGUUGACGCGAAGCUGCAACUAACGGUAGAUCCAUUAUUAUUGAUUCAUACCUUGGUUGUGUCAGAGAAAGUGGACAUGGCUAUUUCAAAACAUCCAUUCUUUAUACAUACUAUGGAAGAGGCAUUAGCCACCGCUAGGUGGAAGAAAUGGAAGGAUGCUGAUGGUUUGAGAAAGCAAAUGGAGACGUACUGUGAGAAUGGUUUGCAGCCAUGGACACCCAAUAAACCCUAUCCCUCAGAUGUACCAGAUAGUGCUCUUAUCUUGAGGAAGCAUGGAGUGAACAACAACCUAUUCUCUUGUCUUUUAUUCAACGAGCUGGAAGCUUUUAACCCACGAGACCAAUUGCCAUUUGCGUACAUUAGAGAUCAUGUCAAGCCAAAGCUCAAGUUGAACAUGUUUGAGGUGGAAGUGUUUGAGCAGGUUGCCUUGGAGUAUAGGCAUAACCUUAAGAAAGAUGGGACUAGUUUUGCAGCUGAAGUUUUCAAAUCUGAAAGGACCAAAAGAGUUAGCAAUGAUUUGUUUGUUAAUAAUAGUUGUUGUAGCAAGUGCCAGAAGUAUCUUAUGGAAAUGUGGGGUGAAUUCUAUAAUUGA